CGCCCGCCACGGCGAAAAACCCACCAUUUACCUCAGCCUCCCCGCACCGGGCGGCGCUUUUACGCCCCUUUUGCGACGGCCGGAAAGGAAGUGGGCGGGGCGGGAGGGGAGGGAAGGGGCGGGGCGAGGACGGCGCGGGAGCCCCUGAGAUUUGGGAGAAAAAUGAAGCAAAUGUGGAACUUCAGCAGAAAGACGACUUUGGAUUCCUGGUGAGUCGACACUUCUUUCAGUGCCCUUGUUCUCAGGCCAGGACUGAGAGCAACAUCAGCUUGCUGUACUUGAAGCAUUUGCCUCAAGAACAGCAAAACCUUUGAGAAAUCUUAGUAAACCUUUGGAUUUGAUUCUUCACAGUGCUCAGAGUUAGACACCAGUGUUAAAAUGUGGUGGUUUCAGCAAGGCCUCUCGUUCUUGCCCAUGGCUUUGGUUGUGUGGUCAGCUGCAUCUUUUGUGUUCUCAUACAUUACUGCAAUCAUCCUACACCACGUGGACCCUUUGGUGCCCUACAUCAGUGACACAGGGACAACACCACCUGAGAGAUGCUUAUUUGGGAUCAUGUUAAAUAUUUCGGCUUUCUUGGGUAUGGCCACCAUGUAUGUCCGCUACAAACAAGUUCAUGCUUUGAAUCCAGAAAGAUCCAGGAUCCUGAGGCUUAACAAGAUCGGCUUCACUCUAGGCCUGAUGAGCUGCUUUGGACUUUGCAUCAUUGCAAAUUUCCAGAAAUGUGUUCUGUACUACAUCCACGUGGUUGGAGCCUGCCUGACAUUUGGAGUAGGGGCCAUUUACAUGCUGGUCCAAACCAUCCUGUCCUACCUGAUGCAGCCAGAACUUCACAGCAAAGACAUCUUCUGGAUCCGCCUGACCGUGUCACUCUGGUGCUGGUCAAGCAUCUUGAGCAUGUUUGUUUCCUCAGUUGUCUUAUACAGUGGCCUGUAUGGAACAAAUCUCGUGCAGAAGUUGCACUGGGACCCACAGGAAAAAGGCUACACAGCUCACAUCAUCAGCACUGUCUCAGAGUGGUCGUUGGCAUUCUCCUUCCUCAGCUUUUUCCUCACGUACAUCCAAGACUUUCAGAAAAUCUCCCUGCGCGCAGCCGUGAGCCUGCAUGGACAAACCCUUCACAACCACCCGCCGAGCUUUGUGACCGAGGAGCAGGCACUGCUGGUAGCAGGGAGCAUCUAAUGAAGGUGAAGAGACUGUGUUCUCUGCAGAACUCAGGAAUUCCAGAGCAAUAACACUUGCUGUUUCUAAGCACUUAUUUUAGAUAUAACCACAUGAAGGGAUUGCGUUGCACUUGACAGAAGGGGCUUUGCCAGGAGCCCCACAGCAAUGCACGUGUUAGCAGUACUGUGACCGAGCCUGUAACAUUUCUGCACAUGCCAAUGUCAUGGAAGAAUUAAAUGAAGGUUAUUAAA